AUGUCCGAGGAGCACGCAAAAGUUGCACAUUUCAUUGGUGGUAAUUCCGUUGAUAGAGCCCCGCCGGGCCAGGUGAAAGAUUUUGUCGCAUCUCACGGAGGUCACACUGUAAUUUCGAAGGUCCUUAUUGCAAACAAUGGUAUCGCAGCAGUUAAGGAAAUUAGAUCUGUUCGCCAAUGGAGCUACGAAACCUUCGGCUCUGAACGCGCCAUCGAGUUUACGGUCAUGGCGACUCCUGAAGACCUUAAAGUUAAUGCAGAUUAUAUUCGCAUGGCGGAUCGCUACAUCGAGGUCCCCGGUGGGACCAAUAACAAUAACUAUGCUAAUGUCGACUUAAUUGUUGAUGUUGCUGAACGCGCCGGAGUGCAUGCAGUAUGGGCUGGUUGGGGUCAUGCCUCCGAGAAUCCUCGUCUUCCCGAAUCCUUGGCUGCAUCGAAACAUAAGAUUGUUUUUAUUGGGCCUCCUGGGUCUGCUAUGAGAUCAUUAGGCGACAAAAUUUCCUCUACCAUCGUUGCUCAGCAUGCCAAAGUGCCCACGAUGGCGUGGUCUGGCACAGGAAUUGCCGAUACUGUCAUGUCUUCUCAAGGAUACGUCACGGUGCCUGACGAGGCAUACGCAAGGGCCUGUGUCACUUCGUGGGAGGAAGGACUCGACCGUGCCAACAAGAUUGGUUUUCCUGUUAUGAUUAAGGCGUCGGAAGGUGGAGGAGGGAAGGGGAUCCGUAAGGUUGAAAGUGCGCAAGGAUUCCAGAUCGCAUAUUCCGCAGUAUGCGGUGAAGUCCCAGGUUCCCCUGUUUUCAUUAUGAAGCUCGCCGGCACCGCUCGGCAUCUCGAGGUGCAGCUAUUGGCUGAUCAAUAUGGCAAUGGCAUCUCGAUCUUUGGGCGUGAUUGCUCCGUUCAACGUCGCCAUCAGAAAAUUAUUGAAGAAGCACCUGUGACAAUUGCAAAACCGCACCGAUUUGAGGAGAUGGAGAAGGCGGCCGUCCGUCUUGCCAAGCUCGUAGGCUAUGUUAGUGCUGGGACGGUUGAAUAUCUCUACAGUCCGGCGGAGGACUUGUUUUACUUCCUUGAGCUAAAUCCGCGACUUCAGGUCGAACAUCCCACCACUGAGAUGGUCAGUGGUGUCAACCUUCCCGCUGCCCAGUUACAGAUUGCUAUGGGUCUACCCCUUCACCGCAUCAAAGAUAUCCGUCACCUCUACGGUGUCGCUCACCAGGGAUCGUCUGAGAUCGACUUCGAGUUCUCCAAGCCCGAGUCGUAUCAGCUGCAGCGAAAGCCACAACCAAAGGGACACGUCGUUGCCGUUCGCAUCACAGCCGAAAAUCCUGACGCCGGCUUCAAGCCGUCCAGUGGAGGACUUCAGGAACUGAAUUUCCGCUCGAAUACCAACGUCUGGGGCUAUUUCUCAGUCGGAGCUGCUGGAGGUCUACAUGAGUUCGCUGACUCUCAGUUUGGUCAUGUCUUUGCCUAUGGCGCUGACCGAAAUGAGGCUCGUAAGAACAUGGUAGUGGCGUUGAAGGACUUGAAUAUUCGUGGAGAUUUCAGACAUACUGUCGAGUACCAGAUCAAACUCCUGGAAACUCAAGCCUUCGAGGACAACACGAUAACGACCGGAUGGCUAGAUACCCUCAUUCAGGACAAAGUCACGGCCGAACGUCCAGAAUCGACCCUCGCAGUCAUCUGCGGUGCUGUGACCAAGGCACAUGUCGCUUCGGAGGCGAGCUGGGACGAAUACAAACGCAUCUUGGAGAAAGGUCAGGUACCGCCCCGCGACACCAUCAAAACUGUCGCUAUGGUCGAAUUUAUCUACGAAGGACAACGUUAUUCUUUCACAGCUAACCGCUCCUCCCUUACAUCUUGGACACUCUACCUCAACGGUGGCAGGACGGAAGUCGGCGCUCGUCCCAUUGCCGGUGAUGGUCUCCUCGUUCUUCUCGAUGGAAAGAGUCACUCCGUUUACUGGAGGGAGGAGGUCGGCGCCACUCGACUUUUAGUCGACUCGAAAACGUGUCUCAUCGAGCAGGAAAAUGAUCCAACCCAACUUCGGAGUCCCAGUCCAGGGAAGCUAGUUCGUUUCUUGAUUGACAGCGGGGAUCACAUCAAUGCAGGCGAGCCAUAUGCGGACAUCGAGGUGAUGAAAAUGUAUAUGCCCCUGAUUGCGACGGAAGACGGUAUCGCUCAGUUCGUCAAGCAGCCAGGUGCAUCGCUAGCCCCAGGCGACAUCCUCGGAAUCCUUACGUUGGAUGACCCCGGUCGCGUCAAACAUGCUAAGCCUUAUGAGGGGCAACUUCCAGCGACAGGAACCCCUAGCGUCACUGGCUCUAAAAUUCACCAACGGUACGAUCGCGACAUUGAAAUCCUCAGCAAUAUCCUAGAUGGAUUUGACAAUUCUGCCGUCAUGUCAUCCACACUCAAGGAGUUGACGUCCACUCUGGACGAUCCUACCUUACCAUUCUCACAAGCGUUUUCUAUCCUUGCCACGCUUUCGGGACGCAUUCCCGCGAAACUUGAAGAAAACAUCAGGGGUGUGAUCGAGACUACCCAAGCCAAGUCGGCCGAUUUCCCUGCCCUCCGCAUUCGCAAAUUCAUCGACUCGUUCCUAACUGAAAAUGUCAAACCUCAAGAUCGUACAACUUUCCGUACGCAGCUUGGAAGCUUGAUCGAGGUCGUGGAUAAAUAUAAGAACGGCACAAAGGUGGCCAAAUGGGCCACUAUUGCCGAUCUCUUAGCCCGCUAUCGGGAUACGGAGAUUCUUUUCGGCGAGGGUGGAAGCAUCGAAGAACGCGUUUUGAGGCUACGUGAAGAGCACAAAAACGAUCUUGGGCGUGUUGCGGCGUUGGUUUUGAGUCAUAUGAAGGCUCAAAGCAAGAACAAGCUCAUUCUGCCGCUGCUCGAGAUCGUCAAGUCCGGCGGGUCCUCAGCCACUACCCUUGAACCCCGCCUCGUCGAAAUUAUUCGGGAUCUUGCGUCGCUAGACAGCAGAUCAACAACCGCCGUCUCGUUGAAAGCUCGCGAGGUCCUUAUCGCUGCACAACUUCCUUCAUACGAAGAACGUACUACACAGAUGGAGCAAGUCCUUAAGGCGUCUGUUUCAGGAACUGUUUAUGGUGAGCCGAGCGCCAGUGGCAUCAGACAACCAUCCGCUGAAGUCCUGAAGGAGCUCAGUGACUCUCGCUGGAUCGUCUACGAUGUUCUUCCUACUUUUUUCAAGCACCCUGACCCUUCCGUUGAGCUGGCCGCGUAUGAAGUCUAUGUGAGGCGAGCGUAUCGAGCAUACACGCUUCUUUCUUUGGACUACGAGGAAGGAGAUGGUGAAGAUGAGGCACCAAGCGCGAUUACUUGGCGAUUCAAACUUGGCCAAAGUAAUUCUCCUCCGGUUACGCCAGCCAUCACUCCAAAGACUAGUCCUUUUGCGGAGAAGCAACGAGCGGGUUCCGUCAGUGAUCUCACCUACAUGAUCCCCAAGAGUUCCAUUGAACCUAUUCGAACCGGAGUUAUUUCAGCGUUCCCUAAUGCCAAGGCACUCAGGGAUGGCUUCUUCAACAUUAUCCACCUCCUUCCCCCGUUUUCCAUUGACGAGUUCAGGCAACGCCACGGCAGUGAUGCUCAAGCGCCCAACGUUGUCUACAUACCUCUUCGUAUCUUUGAGCCAGAAGAUGAUCAAGAUAAUAGUCAGUGGAGGGAAACUGUCCUGCGGCUUGUCCGGGCGCACGAGAAGCAGCUCGACGCCCGUGGUGUUCGCCGUGUCACUUUCAUGCUCUGUCGCCGUGGGCAGUACCCAUGGUACUACACUGUUCGUAAGAUGGAGUCGGGAUGGGGCGAAGAGGAAUCUAUCCGAAAUAUCGAACCUGCCUUAGCCUAUCAAUUGGAGCUUGGUCGUCUCUCAAAUUACAAACUUACUCCGUGUUUCGUCGAGAAUCGACAAAUCCAUAUCUACCACGCUGUAGCACGAGAGAAUCAGUUCGACAGUCGGUUCUUUGUUCGCGCACUAGUUCGUCCAGGACGCCUUCGCGGGACAAUGAGUACCGCCGAAUACCUCGUUUCUGAAACAGAUCGCUUGGUUGGGUCGAUUCUCGAUGCUCUCGAGAUCGUCACCGCCCAACACCGUAACACCGACUGCAACCACAUCGCCCUCAACUUCGUGUACAAUCUCCAGGUUUCUUAUGAAGAAGUACUCCAGGCUAUUGCUGGAUUUAUCGACCGACACGGCAAGCGCCUCUGGCGUCUACAUGUCAACGGUGCCGAAAUUCGCAUUGUGCUUGAAGACUCUGACGGGAUCGCCACUCCCAUCCGAGCUGUUAUCGAGAACGUCUCAGGUUUCAUUAUCAAGUACCACGGAUACCAGGAGAUCACGACGGAGCGUGGCCAGACGAUUCUUAAGUCGAUCGGGGAUAAAGGACCCAUGCAUCUUCAACCUGUACAUCAACCUUUCCCCACGAAGGAGUCUCUGCAGCCGAAACGCUAUCAGGCACACCUUGUUGGCACCACCUACGUAUACGAUUUCCCCGACUUAUUCCAGAAAUCACUCUACAACAUAUGGUCUGAUCUUAAGCAGCGAGACCCGUCGGUUAUUGUGCCUAAGGGCGUCCUGGAGUCGCGGGAACUUGUCCCUGAUGAGAAUGACGAGCUUCAGGAAGUUGAUCGGCCUGCCGGUAAUAAUACUAUUGGCAUGGUAGCAUGGGUAUUUACCCUCCUCACACCGGAAUAUCCUCGCGGGCGACGGGUGGUGGUAAUCGCAAAUGAUAUUACGCACAGGAUUGGCUCCUUUGGACCUGCAGAGGAUGCGUUCUUCCACAAAGCAACUCUUUAUGCCCGCGCUCAUGGGCUUCCUCGCGUCUACUUGUCCGCAAACUCAGGGGCCCGGAUUGGCAUUGCCGAAGAGACUCUAGGUCUCUUUUCCGUUGCCUGGAAUGUCCCAGGUCAUCCUGAAAAAGGCAUCAAGUACAUCUACCUUACACCCGAAGCCAAUGAGAAAUUGAACGAGAAGUACUCUGGCAGUGUUCGUAGCACAGAAAUCGAAGAGGAGGGAGAGAUUCGCCACAAAAUUACCGAUAUCAUUGGCAAACAAGACGGCCUUGGUGUCGAAUCAUUGCGUGGCUCAGGCUUAAUUGCCGGGGAGACGUCCCGUGCUUACGAUGACAUCUUCACCAUUACUCUUGUUACCGCACGUUCCGUCGGCAUUGGCGCGUACCUCGUCCGUCUUGGUCACCGAUCCAUUCAGGUUGAAGGGCAGCCUAUCAUCCUCACAGGUGCUCCGGCCCUCAACAAAGUUCUCGGCCGCGAAGUCUACACGUCUAACCUCCAGUUGGGCGGAACCCAGAUUAUGUAUAAGAAUGGGGUUUCUCAUUUGGUUGCAUCAAGUGAUCUUGAUGGAACGACAAAGAUACUGAUGUGGCUAGGCUACGUCCCUGAUGUCAAAGGCGGCCGUCUCCCAAUUACCUCGCCCAUCGACGGUUGGGACCGUGAUAUUUCGUACUAUCCUCCUAAGGCUCCUUACGACCCUCGAUGGUUCCUCGCUGGUAAACAAGAUGAAACGACAGGUCAAUUCCUCUCCGGGUUUUUCGACGCGAACUCCUUCCAGGAGACUCUUGGUGGGUGGGCCCAGACUGUGGUUGUCGGACGAGCACGGUUAGGCGGCAUUCCUGUUGGUGCCAUCGCUGUGGAAACCCGCACCAUUGAGAAGGUUAUUCCCGCUGACCCUGCCAACCCUGCAUCCUUCGAGCAGCGCAUCAUGGAGGCAGGUCAAGUAUGGUACCCUAACUCGGCGUAUAAAACCGCUCAAGCUAUCUUCGACUUCCAACGAGAAGGUCUUCCCCUGAUUAUCUUUGCCAACUGGCGUGGAUUCUCCGGAGGCCAGCAAGAUAUGUAUGAUGAAGUUUUGAAGCAAGGGUCGAAGAUUGUCGAUGGGCUUUCAAGCUACAGACAACCUGUUUACGUUUACAUCAUGCCGAAUGGAGAAUUGCGAGGAGGAGCGUGGGUUGUCCUAGAUCCAUCAAUUAACCCCGACCACAUGGAAAUGUACGCGGAUGUUGAAUCUCGUGCUGGCGUUCUCGAACCUGAGGGAGUUGUCGAAAUUAAGAUCCGUCGUGACAAGAUUCUUGCUCUAAUGGACCGCCUUGACCCAGACUACUCCGCAUUCAAGAAGGCAAGCAAGGAUGCUGCUCUAUCAGAGCAGGAACGCGCUCAGGCUGCCGAGAAGCUUGCGGCACGCGAGAAGCACCUGCAGCCAACAUUCCAGCAGCUCGCCCUCCUGUACGCUGACCUUCACGAUCGUGCGGGACGCAUGGAGGCCAAGGGGUGCGCGAAACCAACAGUUUGGACGAAUGCCCGCCGGUACUUCUAUUGGGCACUGCGAGCCAAGUUGCUUCGUCUAAACUUUAUCAACCAAAUCAUUGGCGCUUCACCUGCGACCACCCGAGAUGAAGCUGACAAGAUUCUCUUUACCCUCCUCCCUCCUACCCUCAACACUAAGGAUCAUCGUGCCGUAGCCGACGCCCUCGAAACAAUCAGGAUCGAGCCUACGCUUGUGGAGUUGCGCAGCGCCGCUAUUGCUCAGCAAAUCAGAGACCUUCUUACCUCCGAUAACCGAAAGGCGACCGUAACCGGAUUGAUAAAUGUCGUUGAUUCUCUCAACGACGAAGAAAAGAUUUUGCUGCAAGCUGUCCUAAGCAGAUCGGGCUUGGACACAGGUUCGUGA